CCGAUCCAGGAGUCCGUCAUCACAUCUCAAAGUUGCCAACUUGCAACUUUGCGAUUUGCGUCAGCUGCCCCUUGCCCAGGACUGCAUUCACCAGCCCAAUUGAAGAUGCCUCGCUGCUAGACGUUUUUUGUUUGAGUUCUGUCAUUCUUCUUCUUCUUUCGCGCAGCGCAGCGGCGCAUCUGCUCCGAAUCCUUGGGCCACGCAUAAUAAACGCAGCAUGAUGUCCGAUGUGCCGAAUUCAUCAUGGCAUCCUGCGAUGAUGCCAAACUCGACCGCCGAACUUGCUUUGGGCCACUCGGAACAUACCGAAGCCAGCACCACGCAAGUGGGUAGUGUUGUAGAGGACACGGUACCCCCAGACGCAGCCGGUGAGCAAGUGGGCGCCUGGAUUCCAGAUCAAGACGAUGGAGGCGAUUGGAUGGCAGACACGAAUGCGUCGGCCGCGCCCACCGAGGCGGACGAGCAGCCAGCUCCGGCCGAAUCCGCCGAAGGAGACUCACCGGAGGAGUCGACCACGGCAUCCAAGCACUUCAGCACAAUGUCAUUCACGCGGACAGUGCCACAUGAAGUGAAUUGGAAUGACGACGACGAGGUCGAGUUCACGCUUCCCCGGACCACCACAGAUCCCUUCAAAUUCAUGCCCGAAAGCCACCGGACCAACUCCUUCCCACCUGUCUCGCCACUGGUCAACGUGACGGAGAGCGAGACGCCGCAUGCUCUGGAGCAGCCCAUUGCGUUCGACCAAGCCGAGGAGUUGGUCCAUGAGAUCGAGCAGGAAGACAGGCGGGACGAACCACUUCCCGAUGCCACUACCGGGCCCUUGCAGGCUGACACCGUCUCACAAGAGAACGAAAUCGGUACUGCCUCGCAGGACUCUCUAGGCCCCAGUUUCGCCGGGCCCGCUGAGGAGUCGCCAGACGAUCGUUUUGAGGAAGGUGUGCCACUUGUCUCGUCGGCCCAGCAGGAUAGUGCGCAGCAGGGUUCAACAGGAAAAGGGCAUGAUCUCUUUACAGAGGAUGCAGCUGGAGACGAGGAUGAUUUCUUCAGCAACGUCCGUACGGAGGAUACGCCUCAGUCAGACGAGUUUCAACCUAACCCAGUGGAACGGAAGUCUACCAUGGAUGUGUUGAACUCGAUGGAUAUGAAUCCCUCCGGUGCCGGCUUCACUCCCUUGGCUGAAACUGCUGAGGAAUCGGAAGAUGAAGAGGUGACGCCCCAGCCGCAAGGAGCCCAAGACUCAAAGGUCGAGGGCGCGGAGAGCGCACAGGGUCAACCAACGGCAGAGGAUGGGGCGAACCUGGACGCGAAAUGGAAGGAGAUGUUCGCCGAUGAUGAGGACGAGGACUUCCUCCCAGACGAGGGCACUGAGGCGAAAGAGCUGGAUCCAUCUGCGUUUCUAGGCAGCGACGACGAGGGUCUGUUGGAAGACUCGGAAGCCGAACAGCCCGAGCCAAGCGAACCCCUGGCUAUCCCUGGACAUGCUCAGGCUCCUGCUCCUAGCACUCAGACAGCCAAUGGACAAUAUCCGCCCUCCCACUAUACGCCGGCGACCAACCCAUAUCUGCCAACCGCAUCGCCGGUGACUCCCGCAAACCCUUAUCUUCCAGCGGCACCCGCAAAUCCCUAUCUCCCGGCAGCACCAGCGUCGGCGGCUCAACCUCCUGUUGCUACCCCUUACGCCGUGCCGGCAACCGCCCCACCGGCGCCUGCGCGAUACGGAUAUGGCGCCCCGCCGCCUCUGCCACAUGAGAAGAGCAAGGCGCAAAGCUUCGUGGACAAGUCCAAGGGCGGAUACACCUCUCCGUAUGAUCUUCCCAUGGAAGUGGUCAAAGUGCCCAAGAGGCGGACGAGUGCUCAGCCGCUUCAGAGUACUGCAUCGGGUCCCAACUCACCUGCCGCCAUACCGCCACCUCCUAGGAGUGCAAGUGUUCAAACUCGGCAGCCGCCGCCCCCUCCCAGCAGUGUACCAGCGCCUGGCAUGUCACGCCCGGGGUCCAGUCACUCUUCCCAAGGGCCGCCUAGUGGACACACACCAGCGCACGAAAGAUUUUUCGAGGAACUUCCCAUUGCUACAAAGCCGAGGCCAGCAUCACGGCACAGCCAAAGGAGCGCGUCGCCGCAGCUCAGUCCGUAUGGUCUUCCAUCCCAGUCUGCUCCGCCCUCUGUGGCCUCUCACCCGAUUGCUCCUCCACCUGGCGGCCCUAGCAACUCUGAGACGGGCAUUCCCGCGCUCGUUGCCCCACCCCGUGUCAAUCCUUACGCUUCGUUGAACGCGGCAUCAGGGCUCACGCCUGCCGCCCCUGCCGCAGCCGCAUCGCGUUAUUCGCCUGUCCCGCCUGGCGGAUCCCCGGCCAACGGACCCGUUCCCGCGCCUGCCUCGAGCCGGUAUUCUCCUGCCCCGCCAGCGGCACGGCCAUCCACCGGCGGGUAUGGACCAGCUCCCACAACCCCAGGGCCUCCGGUACUCCCUCAUCAGCCGCGUACCUCCAGCCCAUUGGCACACUUUGAGAUCUCCCACGAGAGGUCGAGGCCCCAUGCAAUGGUCAACCAUGCCGAGGCUGGUCUGGGAGAGCGGAGGGGCAGCAGUUCCCUGCACGAGUCGCGUCUGCAGAGGGUCCCCUCCCUGCCCCCGACUAGGGAGGUCGACGAGGAGGAAGCCCCCGCUCAGACGCAGGCAUCCCCGGGACAUGCGCCACAACCAUCCUCGCCGCCCGUUUCACGAUACGCACCGCCGCCGCAGGCGAGGCAGACACCGCCGCCUUCAGCUUCCUCCGGGCAGGCGCUGCUAUCUCCUCCCAAGCGCGCUAUGUCCAGCCACAGUCCUCUCGCACCGCCAUAUGACUUCGCACCACCCCCUCGCUCUCAGACGCAAUCCCCUGGCGCACUGUACGGCAACCGCGGCGGGAAGGCGGCCGAGCCGGUUCCUCGUCCAUCUUCAGUGAACGACCACACUUCUCCACGGACGACGGGGUAUCCUGCCCCUGCGGUCCAGCCCGUCCCUGCCGCCGUCGCACCAACCUCCACCUAUGGCCGUCCCAGGGGUGCCUCCCUGAAUCUCAACGUGAUUCCUCCGACAGAUGGACGGGAAAAUGACGCGCUUCAGCGCUGGCGAGGAGCGCCUCUCAUCUCCUGGGGUGUCGGCGGGACCUUCGUCACGAUGUUUCCCAAGGAAGUUCCCCGGUACGGCAUGAAUCAGAGCAUCCCUGCUGUGGUCCGCAGUCCAGGAGCAGUCAAGAUUCAGAACAUUAAAGAUAUCACGCCGUUGGAGGAACGGCUCUCCAAGUUUCCGGGCCCGUUGAAGGGGAAAUCGAAGAAGAAGGAGACCAUUGCGUGGUUGACGACCGGUAUUGAGAGCCUGGAGCGUGCUCUACGUUCCAGCCCUUCUCUGCACACCCACUUAUCGCACGAGGACAAGCGGGCAGCUGAGCGAGUGCUUUUGUGGAAGAUCCUUCGCAUCUUCGUUGAACAUGAUGGCGUACUGGAAGGAAACUCCGCUGUCGAGAAGGCCGUCCGGGAUCUCCUCUCCCCGGGCUCUGAGGCAUCAGAAAGCGCAGCGCCAUAUGUGAAUGGCGGCGGCGCCUUUGGGCUCGGUGAUAGCCCGACAACCGGCAUGCAAUCCGAUGGGGUUAGCUUUUCAACAGUCGAGCAAAUCCGCCGACAUCUUCUUGCUGGUGACUGCGAGAAGGCUGUCUGGGCUGCGGUUGAUCAGCGGCUGUGGGGACAUGCUCUUCUCCUUUCCAACGCUCUGGCUCCCAAUCUGUACAAGCAGGUCGCGCAAGAAUUUGUGAAGAAGGAGGUCAAUCAUCCAGGCCACAACAACGAGUCGCUUGCUGCGCUAUACGAAAUUCUCGCUGGAAACCACGAGGAAAGCGUGGAUGAGCUUGUUCCGGUUCAUGCUCGCGCCGGCCUUCAACUCAUGGCCACCACCAACGCCGCAUCCGGUCCUUCGAAGGACGCCAUGGAAGGCCUUGACAAGUGGCAGGAGACCCUAAGCCUCAUUCUCAGCAACCGGAGCCCUGAUGAUGUCCGGGGGAUGCACUCACUUGGUGUGUUACUUUCCGGCUAUGGAAGAGCAGAGGCGGCACACAUCUGCUUCAUGUUCGCGCGCAGCCAUACCGUUUUUGGCGGACUCGACGAUCCGAACUCCCAUUUCGUCCUUGUCGGGUCUGACCACAAGAAGCAGGCUGAGCAGUUCGCCAAGGAGAUCGAACCGCUCCUGCUGAGCGAAGUGUAUGAGUUUGGCCAAAGCCUCGCUGGAGGCUCCAGCGUGCCGAUCACGAACCCGCAUCUGGCUGCCUACAAGUUCCAACAUGCGCUUGCCUUGGCUGAGUACGGAUUCAGGGAUAAAGCUUUGCAGUACUGUGACGCGAUUGCCACCGCGAUCACGUCCCAGACCAAGAGGUCUCCAUAUCAUCAUCCCAUCCUCGAAAAUGCUGUGGAGGACCUCAUGAGACGCCUCAAGCAGGCACCAAAGGAGGAGUCCGGCUCUUGGAUACCCAAGCCGAGCAUGAACAAAGUCUCGGACACCAUGUGGAGCAAAUUCAACAAGUUCGUCUCCGGCGAGGACGACGGCUCCGCCCAAGGUCCGUCAGCAGAGGGAGAAUCCGGGCCGUUCGCGCGCAUCGCUGGAGGUACGCCGACUAUCAGCCGGUCGCCUUCAGUCAGCAAUCUGGAGACAUUUGGUCCCGCCGCGCCCAGUUACGGCAUGCCUACGCCAAUACCCAAUGGUCCCGUGUCGGCCUCGGCGCCCCCGACUCGGGCUGCGUCUCGGUAUGCGCCGGGGGCCCCUCAAUCAGCCGGCUCUGGCAGCAGACCUUCCACCUCGGCGUAUGCUCCUCGGUCAUCGAUGGAGCGGACGUCGAGCGAGCUCAACCGAGGAUCCUUCGAGUUGUCCAGGCGCUCUUUGGAACAGUCAGGCCCCUACAGCCCAGCGGCCAGCGGCUCUUCGGCUGCGCCGUAUUCCCCUUACGGUGCCGGACACAACGCACCCCAGGACUCCCCCUACAAUCCGGUUUCUCAGGUGCAACGCCCUCCAGCGCCCACGAGCGCUCCUCCACAGGCUGGUGGUUAUCCAGGCGCUUCUGUGAACGGAGUGUCUCGUGAUCAAGGAUCCGAUGCAUCCAGUGAAGCUCCUACAACGUCCGGCUACCAACCGCCAUCAUACGGGUAUGAGCCGCCUUCCUUCAACCCCUACGAAGCCCCUGCCGAGAAGAACGCCGCCUCGGAUGAGGUUGCCGGUGGCAGCUCCUAUGAGCCUCCCUCGUAUCAGCCGUAUGGGUUUGAACCGCCCUCCUACGAACCCGGUCCCGAGGCAUCCAAAGAGGACGAUGUUUCUGCCGAGGAGAUGAAGCCGAAACCCAAGAAGAAGGGUAUCAUGUACGACGACGACGACGACUUCCCGGCACCAAAACCCGCCGAGAAGACCAAGGAGGAGAAGGAUCGGGAAAAUGCUGAAUUGUUCCGCAAGGCUGCUGAGGAAGAUGCCAAACGCGCCGAAGCAGCGAAGCAGGCCAAGAAAGGCUGGGGCUUCACCUCCUGGUUCGGCGGCGGCGCAAAGAAGGAGGCAUCCCCGCAAGAGGCCUCCCCCAACAAACCCAUCCGCGCCAAACUGGGCGAGCCCAACUCCUUCUACUACGACCCUGAGCUCAAGCGUUGGGUCAACAAGAACGCCGGCCCGGAAGACACUGCCAAAAAGGCCACGCCUCCCCCGCCGAGAUCGACAACCCCGCGCUCCGUCAGCGCCAACCCGGCCACUCCUCCGGGUUCAAGCUCCGGUCCAGACACGGGACGCGCCAGCGCCCCGCCGACAGGCCCACCCCGCGCCGCGAGCGCGAGCAUCUCCCGUCCGCCAACGUCAGCAUCCGAGAGUAACCUCCCUGCUUCUGGCGGUAGUCCGCGGCUGCCGCCACCGCCGGGGCCGGUUUCCAUGCUGCGGUCGGCGUCCAAUACCAGCACGGCUAGUGCCCCGCCGCUGGGUGCGGGCAGCCGGCCGCCGACCAGCCUGAGCAACUCGAACAGCAUUGACGAUUUGCUGGGUGCGGCCGGACCGAGGAAGCCGGGGGCGGCGAAGAAGCCGAGGAAAGGGGCGAGAUAUGUGGAUGUCAUGGGGAAGUGAUGAGCUGGACGGACCUGGCGGGGCGUGGAGAGAUGCCAAGCGAAACGGAGGGGAGGAGAUACAAUGGGGUGUAUUAUUAUAAUUUAUGAUACUUUGUGUACUACGUCACAUGCUCAGGUCGCUCGCUGUUUUGGAAGAGGCCGUGGACUUUGGCUGGGUUGUGUGGUUCAUUGGUUAUUGAGAGAUGAGGAUGAGCUCUGUAUAAUUAGCGUACACUACGACCUACGAUACUAAUGGAAAGAUAUAGACGACUAAAGGUGCCAGGCGUUGUGGAAUUCUCUCGUCAAGGUCGCCAGCUGUAGACGUAGAGGUGCAACGUCUCGGUUAUGCCCUGUCGUUGAGAAGGAUAGAUACCUACCCA